AUGGACUUAUUAAAGAAAAAAACUAAAGCUGAAUUGGCUAAAUUGCUGAGAUCUUUAGAUAUUAAUAUCAAUUCAAAAACAAGUAAAACUAUAUUAAUUGAAAAAAUUGAAGAACAUGUUGAAGAAAAUCCUGAUGAUAUCGAUAUCAUCAAUAAAUUUUUGAAAGGUGAUGAUGAUAAUGAAUUACCUGAAUCUUCUUCUUCUGAUGAUGAUGAUAUUGUUGAAAUUGAAGAACAAGUAGAAAUUCAAAAGGAGGAAGAACAACCAGAAGACGAUGAUGAUGAAGAAGAAGAAGAAGAGGAAGUCGAAGAAGGUGAUGAAGAAGAAGAGCAAGAAGAAGAAGAAGAAGAAGAAGAAGAAGGAGAAGACGAUGAAGAGAAGGAGGAACAAGAUGAUGAUGAUGAAGAAGAAGAUAAAGACUAUGAAGCCCCACCACCAUUAAACUUGAAAGAAUGGGUAUUAGAUCCAAUAAUUGCUAAAUCUGAAGAUGCAAUUGAAACUUUCUACAAUUUCACUGAUUGUGUUGGUAUUACUUAUUUAAGAGAAAGUGAAAAAUUAAGAGAUCAAUUAUCAUCAACAGUUACAUUAAAUUAUUUACAAAUUUUACUUGAAUUUUUAAUUUUUAUUUUUAAUUUUACUAAAAUUGUUCCAUUAAAUGAAAAUAAAUUAAUUCAUCAAAUUUUCUUUGAUAAUUUACCUUAUUUAUCAAAUUCAACUUUACCAACUUUAGAAAUUACACAAUUAUUCAAUGGUAAAUCUUUAAUUACUUUAUUUAUUUGGAUUAUUUCAAGUGUUUUAAUUCCUGGUUUAUUAUCUUAUUUCAUUAAUUUCACUUCAAGAGUUAUUGAAAUUGAAGAUGAUGAAUAUUUAUUUAGAAUUCAUAGCUUUGAUCCAUUUAUUUUUGCAUUAUCAAAAAUUUUAACAUUUUAUUUCAUUGGUCAAGCUAAUUCAAUUGGUUUCUUACAAUGUGAUUGUUUAAUCAGUGGUUUAUUUAAUAAAUCUUUGAUUAAUCUUGGUUUAUAUCAAAAUUAUGCUACUAAUUCUUUAGGUAAUUUACCUUAUGUUAUUGGUGCUGUUAAUGUUUUGAUUUCAAUUUAUGCUCAAUUUGAAGAAUAUUAA